ACGGCCAACGCUCCAGCUUCUUACCACUGUGUGUUCAUGACCACGAUGUGACCUGCUGGCACGUUGUUUGGGCCGACGAUGUGCUGCUCUAUAAUAGUUUUCUGAUGCUUCGAUAUCUCCUUCCUCGAGUUGUCCCCGCUCCUAAAUCCACGGCAACUCACAUCUUGACCCAUCGCAGGAUGAGCACCUUUCAAGGGCGGGCCUACAAUGUCUCCCCGUUCACCACCGCCGUGGUGUCCUCGAUGCGCCGGCUCUACCCUGAGUCGCUGGCAGACAAAUCCUUUGACAACACGGGUCUGCUAGUCGAAGCUCCCUUCAUACCCUCCCGGCCGCGAAACCGCAACUCGGUACUAUUGACCGUUGACCUGACCCGAGCGGUCGCAGAAGAGGCGAUUGAGAACAACCACUCUGUCGUUGUGGCAUACCAUCCCAUCAUCUUCCGCGGUCUCAAGUCCAUAACCACGGACGACACCCAGCAAUUGUCCAUGACGCUGCUGCUUGCGCAUGGCAUCAGCGUGUACUGUCCGCACACCGCGGUUGAUACUGUUCCAGACGGAAUGGCCGAUUGGCUCUGUGAUAUUGUGACGGGGAAGUUGGACGACCCGGAGCCAGAGGCAUAUGCUGCAGCCCCUCUUCCCUCCGAUACAGAAGUCACAACCUCUGAAAGCGAUUCCGAAGUACGUUCCGAUCCUUCGACAAAACCCACCUCUCCUUCCGCGGAUCACAAUGAGGAUGCAAUGACGGAUCCGUUCACUACCCCAAAAGCAAAGAUGAAGCUCUCACGCCCGAGCCAUGCGCGCAGAACAUACUCUAGACCAAGCUUGCCACUGCCGACAUCUGACUUCCACGCUGCUGUAAUCUCUCACACUCGGAGCGUGAUCACACCUUCUCCUCGCGCAUCCCUUGACGCAGCAAAUCAAUUUACCUCGUCCGAUACUUACAAUACCUCGAACACUGGGGCUGGUCGGUUGAUUGAGUUUUCUUCGCCACAGCCUCUAACGCUUCUGAUCACCCGCAUUGCUCACGCGAUCGGCCUUCCCAAAGGGUUUGCGGUGGCCAUCCCUCAAGGGAGAAAUCUCGAGGAAAUAGCCAUUUCGACCGUUGCCACGUGUCCCGGCAGUGGAGGGAGCGUGGUCCGAGGCUGUAAGGCAGACCUGAUAUUCACCGGCGAGCUGAGUCAUCACGAGGCACUGGCGGUAAUCGAACGAGGUGGAUGUGUUAUUGCCCUUUUCCACUCAAAUUCCGAGAGAGGGUACCUUUGGAAUGUGAUGAGGGAAAAGCUAGAGAGGGAGGUUCGGCAGGAGUGGACCAAUGUGAGAAGUGAAGAGAAUGGAAAGAGGGGGUUAACUGAGCAGGUCAAAGAGAUGCUGAAUGAUGAGAGUGUGGAAGUGGUAGCCAGUGAACGGGAUAGAGAUCCCUACGGUGUUGUGGUCCUGGACGAGACAGCCGUGGAGGGAGUGAAAAUCGACGGGGGAAAGAGUUGAGCAGUGAACAUCGGUAACACGCCUCUACACGCGACGAACGAACCUUCAACGACCAUAGGCUGGCUUGCGUCACCAACACUAUGACCGGCAGGACACUCUAGAGCUUGCCUCCAUCCUCUUCACUCGUCACCGAGAGCUCGAUGCUGGCCCAUUCAAGUUGAUACGGACAUCCGAGAAUUAUCGACGUGCAGACCCAUAGAAACAACCACCAUUCCAGUGUUACUGGCCGUCCGUCUUCACGAUUACCGACAUCUUCUGUUGCUCUGUGACCUUAACGAUGGCGACGCUGACGGGCUUCAUAUGGUUAUACCAUUGGCUAAUAUAGUCGGGUUUUUUGGCGCUACAGCAGCGCUUCUCGUGACGAUCGCUCUCCGAGCGACCUAGUUCACCAGAUUGUGGAGAGAAGAGCUGCUGGGCCUUUGGGGGAUGUUUCCUUCUACCGUCCUGGUGACUAUCUGGUUGGGAGUGUGUUGUUGUCACCAUUCUGACAGCAACGGAAGACAGCAAGUCUGUCACGAGCCACCGAAGUCUUCCAUGGUCUUCCUGUUUGACAUUGAGGCCGGGUGUAUAAAAGUGAUACUGCAAGGGUUCCCCCCCUACUAAUGUCUAUCCGGCCAUCUAUCUCCCCGUUCAUCACCAUUUUCUUCUUUUGCCUUUACCAGCGCUUCCAGCACAAGGAAGAGAUCCUCCGUCCCAG